GUUUUCCCCUUCUUCUGCUCUCACAUGUAUAGAGCCGGGGCUUCUCGUCUGGCUGCCUGUUGUGCUCCACCCACCUUGUGAUAAAAGCCGAAAACUUUCACUGGAGCUGCUGGAAAAGCAUACUCUUUCGAACUCUGUGAUUCUCAUAAUCAGCAACCACUGCCACUUUUAAAGAAAAGGAUGGCUAUUCCUCUCCUCUUAAGCCAUGUCAUUGUUCUAUUCCAGCCAUAUCUAAUUAACAUGGCUAAUGGUGGAGUAUAUUAUGGACCAAAGCAGCCACCUCAGACCCAGCCCAUCCCACAGUACAGUGAUGACUUUCCUCAGCAGCAGUUUCUGGGAAAUGAGAUGCCACAUUCACCUUUCAGGGAAGAAAUCCCAUUACUGCCACAAUAUGGGAAAGAGGUUCCCCAGCUUCCAUUGCCAUUGGAAAUUGCAAAAGUGAGACAACUGACAAAAGGAAAAGGACAAACCUUUCCAAGGGGUUCAAAAGGUCCUAUUCCUGUUCCUGAGGGAAAAGGUUUCAGAGAAGGACCACAUGGCAUUGAAGGCCCCCCAGGACCAAUGGGCCCACCGGGUCCUCAAGGCCCCCCAGGGCUUCCAGGACAGGGAAUGCCUGGGUCACCCGGAAAGCCAGGGCCUCCAGGUCCCCAGGGAUACAGGGGAAAUGGAAAACCUGGAAUGCCAGGAUUACCUGGAAAACCUGGAGGCCCUGGAUUACCAGGUGCAAAAGGGGAUCUUGGGCCGAUCGGUGGUCAAGGGCCAACAGGUCUUCCUGGGCCUCCAGGACUUCCAGGUCCAACAGGACUCCCUGGGAUUUCAAAACCAGGAGGCCAGGGGUUACCGGGACUGCCUGGGCAACCAGGAGAACCUGGCCAAAAUGGUCUACCUGGCUUUCCUGGCCCUCAAGGUCCAAAAGGAGAAAAGGGGCUUGGUCUGCCUGGUUUUCCAGGUCAGAAUGGACCUGGUGGACCACCUGGUCCACCUGGACAAGUUGGCUUCCCUGGCAAUGGCAAACCUGGUCUGAAUGGUGUGCCAGGACAGCCAGGAUUUCCUGGAAAACCAGGUCCUCCGGGAGAAACAGGGCUUGUGGGAGUUCCGGGUGAAAGAGGGCAACCAGGACCUCCGGGAAUGCCAGGAAUAGGAAAACCAGGAAAAGAUGGUUUUAAUGGGCAACCAGGACUCUCUGGAGGAAAGGGUGAACCAGGGCCUCCUGGUUUAAUUGGACCCCCUGGCUUGCCAGGUUAUGGUAAAGCGGGAUAUCCAGGGCCUAAGGGUCACAAGGGACAUGCCGGUCUUCCAGGACAACCAGGCUUAAAAGGUGAUAAAGGUCAUGUAGGUCUUCCUGGAGUUAUUGGACAAACUGGUUUGAGUGGAUUACCUGGUGCACCAGGCCCAACAGGGCCUCCUGGUAGUAUUGGCUUCCCAGGACAAAAAGGAGAAGAUGGUACAUUUGGCCCUAGAGGAAAUCCUGGAAUGAAGGGUGAGAUUGGGCCUCCAGGUCUUUCAGGAGAGCCUGGCAGGCAAGGAGAAGAUGGGGAACCUGGAACAAGAGGAUUUCAAGGGCCAACAGGACCAAAAGGAGAAGUUGGGAUGAGAGGUUUACCUGGUGCACCUGGUGUGGCAGGAUUACCAGGACAAAAAGGAGAGGGUGGAGAGCCUGGAAACAAAGGUCAACCUGGUUCACAAGGUAUCCCUGGACUUACAGGACCAGGGGGUCCAAUUGGCCCCCCUGGUCUUCCAGGACAGAAAGGUGAAACUGGACCAGCAGGUAGCCCUGGUUUUCAUGGUAAUGGAAACCCUGGACCCCCUGGUCAAAUUGGGCCUCAGGGAAACCCUGGUGCCAGUGGCCCUCCUGGACUUCCUGGUCAACCAGGAUCUCAAGGUCCCCCUGGUCCUCCAGGACCGGAUGCUAUAUCUCCGGACAUUGUUCAAAUCCUUCCUCACACGGGCACAUACAAAGGACAAGGUUACAUAAAGGCAGCCAAUGGGGCAGAGAUUAGUGGAAGCAGUCUGGAGAUUCCUGCAUUCACCGCAAAGCUUACAAAUCCUUUUCCUCUUGUAGGUUCACCUAUCCUAUUCGACAAACUUCUGCACAAUGGAAAUCAGGUUUACAACCCUCAAAAUGGUAUUUUCACAUGUAAUUUACCAGGAGUUUAUUAUUUUGCUUACCAUGUCCACUGCAAGGGAAGCAACAUUUGGGUGGCACUGAUGAAAAACAACGAGCCAAUAAUGUACACUUAUGAUGAGUAUAAAAAGGGCUCACUUGAUCAAGCUUCAGGAAGUGCUGUACUCCCUUUGCGAAAAGGAGACACUGUUCAUGUAGAGUUACCGUCAGACCAGGCAGCAGGACUUUAUGCUAGCCAGUAUAUCCAUUCCACAUUUUCUGGAUAUUUACUGUACCUGAUGCAAUAAAUGGAGAUAAUUUUAAAAUCUUAAACAAUAGAAAUACUCCAGGCCCAAAGUGUUUAUAGGAAAAGUUAAGGGAACAAAUGAUGGCAAAUAACUCUUUGCGUUUGCUGAUGUCUAGAUUGAAAUUUCAACCGUUUUGCUUAUUGUUGAACUUUAUUUCAAAAUGAUCUGGUGCAGUUUAAACAGCACUGUGUUAGUCAUGUUUUAGCUUGAUUUCAGAUUCUUUUCAGGUCAAUAUAGAGCACUCUGCACAUAUUAAUGCUCUGUGGGAGCUGCCCUUCUCAAAUUCCUGCCUAUGUAACUUCAGUUGGUCAGUUACGGCAAUAUGUGUUCCCCUUAAAUAUGAGAGCCUACUAAGCUAAAACUUGCUUAGAGGCAAUGAAACAGAUAUAACACUUACCUGAUCAGAAACAGUUUAAGUUCUCUGCUGUGGGAUUUAAUACAGUGGGGUGAAUGAUUUCUUCUUUUCACAAACAAACCUAGAAUGUACAGGUUGUAGCAUCCAUAAAAGCAACACAGUGUUGCUCUAAAUGUUUUCACUUUUAAAUGUUUAAACUGUUUACAUAAAGUGGUUAAAGUAACAUGCUUUCCAUAAUGACUAGUUUGCCACAACUUGAUGUAAAUGUGUUCACCUUCAUUCUUUUAACUGUAUCCUUUUUACAUUAAGAACACUACGGAUUCAUUAAUCCAUUCAUUUAUUCACAGUUACUCUUUCAGCAUAUGUAUUUUCGGUUGUUUUUUCUGUUCUUUGUAUUACUGUGUUUUGUUUGUUUGUUUGUUUUUUUACUCUGAACAUACAGUUAAUGAAAUAUUAGUUUGGUUCAGUACUAGAUAAUGAU